AUGGCAGACAACGUUCGCGAUGAGCUCGCUGGCACCCUGAAGAGCAUUCUCGAUACCGGAAAGUACUCUGAUCUCAUAAUCACCUGCAAAGGAAACACGUACAACGUGCAUAAGUCGAUAGUCUGCGCUCGGUCAGGCUUCUUCGAGCGCGCAGAGAACUUCCCUGGAAAGGAGUCCAGCGAGGGCAAGAUUGAUCUUCCAGAAGAUGAACCGGCGGUCGUCAAUCUCCUCAUUCAGUACCUGUACGGUGGAGAGUAUGAUCCCAAGCUACCCGAUGGCGGAUGCUCGGCUGAGGUCACCGAGAUCCAAUACACCGGCGACCGCGAUUCCUACUAUCAUUACAAGUUCCCGCAUACCUGUGGAUCAAAUGGCUGUGCGGCGCGUAAUUCUCCUGAUGGCAAUGCCGAGCAACUCCUCCUCCACGCGAAGAUGUACGAAAUCGGCGACAAGUAUGAUGUCAUUGGUCUCAAGCAGCUCGCCCGCGAGAAGUUUCUGCGAGCCUCUGCCAAGUACUGGGACAGUAAGCACUUCGCUCCCGCCGCCCACUACGCCUUCAGUACCACUCCGGAAGACGACAAAGGCUUGAGGAAUGCCAUCAGCAACAUAGUUUCGCAGCACAUGGGUUUACUCAACAAGCCUGCUGUGGAGGCUUUACUCACUGAGUUCAACGGUCUAGCUGUUGGAACUCACGCCAUGGCCGCCACGUUUAGUGGACAGCUGCUGACCUCAGUAGAUAAUCUCCUCAAUUCCGGCGAAUACUCCGAUCUCACAAUCAUCUGCGGCGAUGAGACGCACAAGGUCCACAAGGCCAUUGUAUGUUCGCGCUGCGACUUCUUCGAACGCGCCGAGCGAUUUCCAGUUGGCAGGGAAGCAGCAGAGGGCACGAUCAACCUACCUGAAGACGAGCCCAAGAUCAUCGCGCUUCUGCUUGAGUUCCUUUACACGGGCGAAUACACCCCGAAGCUCAUCGGCCAAAUAGUGCCCAGUUUCCCGCACUCAUGUUUCAACACCUGCAAGAAGGUUCUUUGCCUUCACCACGCCUGUAGUUGGCACUGCCAGUGCAGGUGCCGCAACUUCACCUGCGCAUCUUGUCCACCCGAGACGCGACAGCCGGUACCCGGUACACUCCAGGGAGGCGAAGACCAACUCCUCUUGCACGCGAAACUAUAUUCUCUUGCCGACAAGUACAAUGUCCAAGGGCUCCAGGACCUAGCCAAGUUGAAAUUUGACUGCGCAUCUAAAGUGUUCUGGAUGUCAUCGGUUUUCGGAAGCGUGGCCGAACACGUCUUCACUUCAACCCCAGAUAAGGACGUUGGCCUGCGAUCGAUCGUGAAGAAGACGCUCGUCGAGAACAGAUUGCCGUUGAUGAAACAGCCGACUAUUCAGACAUUCUUGAUGAAGCGGCCGGAGAUGAUGCUUGAGUUGCUAAAGCAGUAG